AUGGUUGCCUGGGUUGGCGGUCUGGCUGCCCGAGCCGGCGCCGUCUUUUUAAUGUCCAGCCGGCCAGAUACGCAGCAUGCGAACCUGACGACGUACACCAUCAACUCUAUGGCGGCUAUCGAUGCUCUCCAGAGCACAUGGUACAAUGUCCAAAGCGGCAUCUGGGACAGGAAGUGGUGGAACAGCGCCAACAUUUUCACAACCUUGGCUGAUUUUGCAAGCAUCGAUGUCGUUGCUGCGAACGCGCUCAACAUUGGGGGCAUCAUGAGGAACACGUUCGAACAAGCCCAAAAGGAAGCCAUCACUUCCUUGAAACUCAUCGACGACACUGGCCUCGUUACAUCAUCCUACACCAUCUCCAUGGUCGGUAUGGAGGACGCUGCCACAGAAGUGGCCACCAAACUCAUCGCUCGCCAGUUUCCUGGGUUCAUCAACGAGUUUUAUGACGACGAGGGAUGGUGGGCACUGGCCCUUAUUCGAGCUUUUGAUGUCACGCGCGACCAAGGAUACUUGGACAUGGCCGCCAACAUUUUUGACGACAUGAAGACCGGCGGCAACACAAACUGUAAUGGCGGCAUCUACUGGAACAAGGAGCGAAAAUACGUCAAUGCCAUCUCGAACGAACUUUAUCUGAGUGUCGCCGCGUCCCUGGCUAACCGUAUGCCGAAUCGCCAGGCCUAUCUGGAUAUUGCCGCAGCCCAGUGGGUCUGGUUCAAGGCCAGCGGUAUGAUCAACGAGAGGGGGACCAUCAACGACGGACUGGACGGGUCGUGCCGGAACAAUGGCCAGAACACCUGGUCCUACAACCAAGGCGUCAUUCUUGGCGGUCUGGUCGAGCUCAACAAGGCCACUGGCGACGCCAACCUUCUCUCAGACGCUGCCAUCAUCGCCAAGGCCGCCAUCAAGGAGCUCUCCGACGACAAGGGGAUCCUCCAUGAUACGUGCGAACCCAACUGCGGCGCCGACGGCGAGCAGUUCAAGGGCAUCUUUGUGCGAAAUCUGCACUACCUGCAUAAAGCCGCCCCCGACGCCGCGUAUCGCAAAUUCAUCCUCAACAACGCGGACAGCAACUGGGCCCAGAACAGGGACGAGGCGAACAAGAUGGGAGUCAACUGGGCCGGACCUAUACAACGCGUGUCCGGUGGUACGCACAGCUCGGCACUCGACACCCUUGUUGGGGCCAUGGCUGUCGUAUGA